AUGGAUCUGUAUGUGUUUGCAACGCCAUACAAGAUAGCCUGGGAUUACUAUAUGAGGUCAAAUGAAAACCACACUUUUGAAAUCAAAGCGUGGGAGGAAGCAGCUGAAAUGGAAUAUCAUUGUCGCUCGGUGUUUCCCAGUAAUCCUAACACUCAAUGUGUGCACCAGGUAAAGCAGCAUGGAAUUGCCAUUUUUCUCAUGCCAUCUGGAAUGCUUGGGACGUUGUUAUCCUUGAUUGAUGUCGUGCCUUUGUUUUCAAACACCGGUUGGGGCCAGGAUGCCAACUUGGCAUUUCUUCAGAAGCAUAUGGGAACUUCAUUUCAGAAACGUUCUGAGCCCUGGUCUGCGAAUAUAAGGAGAGAAGAUGUACAUUCGGGUGACUUUUUGGCCCUUUCAAAAAUCAGAGGGCGAUGGGGUGGAUUUCAGAAAUUGGAGAAAUGGGUGACCGGCGCAUUUGCUGGGCACACUGCAGUUCUCUUGAAAGAUGAGAAUGGCACCCUCUGGGUUGCAGAAUCAGGCUAUGAAAAUAAAAAGGGUGAUGAAAUCAUUAGUAUGACUCCAUGGGAUGAAUGGUGGGGAAUGGCACUUAAAGAUGACUCAAAUCCUCAGAUAGCACUUCUGCCAUUGCACCCUGAUGUAAGGGCCAGAUUCAAUAAGAGUGCUGCAUGGGAUUUUGCGCGAAGCAUGUAUGGAAAACCCUACGGUUAUCAUAAUAUGAUAUUUAGUUGGAUUGAUACAAUGUCAGACAAUUAUCCACCUCCUCUUGAUGCUAACCUGGUAAUGGCUAUUAUGUCCAUGUGGACCAGAUUGCAGCCACACUAUGCUUCUAACAUGUGGAAUGAAGCCCUUAAUAAACGACUUGGGACUGAGUUCAGUUCUAUGUUCUGCUUCAGUAGUCCAUCUUGGGGCUUGUCCUGA